AUGUCCGUUGCGAUGGAUCCCGUCACACGCGCAUUCCAGUCCACUAAGAUGUCGGAGAAGGACCUUGAAGGAAAAACUGGCCAGGAUUGUGUCCGGGAACUGGAUCUCACGAAGACGCACACCGUCACCGGUGAGAUCGAUCUCAAUGCCACACAUCAACUGGAACGUGGCCUUAAAUCACGACACAUACAGUUCCUUGCCCUGGGCGGCGCGAUCGGGACUGGUCUGUUCGUCGGAUCUGGUGGGAUUCUUUCGCUCGUUGGUCCAGCGCCCUUAUUCAUGGCAUACCUAUCCAUGAUGUUUGUGGUCUGGGUCGUCAUGAACAAUCUCGCCGAGAUGGUCACAUACCUACCUCUUAGGGGAAUAUCUAUUCCGUACUUUGUGGACAGAUUCGUCGAUCCAUCUUUGGCCUUCGCUGCUGGGUGGAACUACUGGUACGCUUACGCUAUGCUGGUUGCUGCCGAGUGCACCGCUGGUGCUAUCGUGUUGCAAUACUGGACCGAUUCUGUACCUGUUGCUGCCUGGAUCUCUAUAAUCCUGCUAGUCAUACUACUCCUCAACAUUAUCGCUGUCUCCUUCUUCGGCGAGGCCGAGUUCUGGUUCGCUUCCAUCAAGCUUAUCACUAUAACCGGCUUGGUCAUUCUUGCUGUGGUCCUAUUUUUCGGCGGCGGUCCCAACCACGACAGGAUCGGAUUUAGAUAUUGGGAGCCAAACAAUCCUGGCGCUUUCAAGCCUUACCUCGUGAACGGCAGCACUGGUCGCUUCCUAGCGUACUGGAUUGCCUUUGUUAAGGCGGGCUUCGCUUUCAUCACCUCUCCUGAGCUUAUCGCAUUGGCUGCAGGUGAGACGGUAGCUCCAAGACGCAACAUCCCGAAGGCAGCCAAACGAUACGUGUGGCGACUGGCUAUUUUCUAUGGCCUCGGAAGCCUGGCGAUUGGCGUCGUCGUACCAUACAACGACCCGCGACUCCUGAGCCCUGACUCGAACGCAUCGGCCAGCCCCUUCGUCAUUGGUAUUGCUCGCGCCGGCAUCAGAGGACUGAACCACGUCAUCAACGCCGCUAUCCUGACCUCUGCAUGGUCAGCCGGCAAUGCUUUCCUGUACUCUGGCUCGCGCGUCCUAUACUCGAUGUCCCUGACCGGACAAGCACCUAAGAUCUUCUCCAGGACCUCCAAGCGCGGUGUACCGUACGCUGCAGUCCUCUUCACCUGGCUCUUCGGGUGCCUGGCCUUCUUGAACGUAUCGAACUCCGGCGCCACUGUCUUCACCUGGUUCUCGAACAUCUCGACGAUCUCGGGCUUCAUUGCAUGGAUAGUGGUCAUGAUUACCUACCUUCGCUUCCGAAAAUCUAUGAGCAUCAACGGCAUGCUCUCGGCACUACCGUAUAGGACUCCACUCCAGCCACAUGCCACAUACGUGGUCCUUUUCAUUGUCGUGCUUCUGACAUUUACAAGUGGCUUUGCGGUCUUCUUUCCUUCAGAAUGGAGUGCCAGUAGCUUCCUAGCUUCUUAUAUUACCUUGCCUAUCUUCAUGAUUCUAUACAUAGGCCACAAGGUCUGGUCAAAGAACUGGCGCUUUGCAGUCAAGAUCGAGGAAGUGGACGUCAUGACUGGCAAGAAAGAGAUGGACGAGUUGGAGGCCACAGAUGUAGUCCCGGUCGCGAAGAAUUGGCUCGAAAAGGCGUGGUUCUGGCUAGCAUAG